AUGCAGAACCUCCAGGAAUUACCUGAAGGGAAUUGGUUUUGCUCUUUAGAUUGUAACAACAUUAAUACUACUUUGGUGAAUUUGGUGGCUCGUGGAGGAGAGAAUCUUCCAAAUUCCCUCAUGAAUAUGAUUAAAAAUAAAUAUAAUGACAAAGGUUUAGAAUUUGACCCUGAACUUGAUAUAAAAUGGAGGAUUCUAAACUGUAAAGUGGAUAAUUCCAAGGAUAGUAGGCUAUUGCUUUCAAAAGUUGUUGCUCUUUUCCAUGAGCGAUUUGAUCCAAUAGUUCAUGCUACAAGUGGUAUUGAUUACAUUCCAACAAUGCUUUUUGGAAGGAACAUCAUGGGUGAAGAUUUUAGUGGAAUGUAUUGUGUGUUACUCACUGUUAAUCAAGUAGUUGUGUCUGCUGGAAUAUUUCGUGUGUUUGGGUCAGAAAUGGCAGAACUUCCUCUAGUGGCAACUGUUACUGAUUUUCAAGGACAGGGUUACUUCCAAUCCUUAUUUUCUUGUUUAGAGAACUUGCUUGGAUCAUUAAAAGUAAAACAAUUUGUUCUACCUGCUACUGAAGAGGCUGAAUCAAUAUGGACUAGUAAAUUUGAGUUUACAAAACUUAAUAAAAAUGAGGUCAACAAUUAUUGGAAAUAUUACCGCAUGAUGAUAUUUCAAGGGACUUCAUUGUUACAUAAGCAAAUUUCUACCAUUUGA